UUAUCAAGAUUCAUUCGGUAGGGAUUCACUCAAUCAGAAGCAGUUUGCUCUAAGCAUCAGAGAAGUUGAGAUGGGACCACGUACAAUUUUCGUUAUAGCGAUUUCUACAGUGGCUUGGGGAUUGUCGUCCGCUGUGGUGUUUAAACAAUGUGGGCUAGACCGGAAAUGCGUACCCUUCAGCGACUGUGCAAAGUACCGAAACUACGUGGGAAUCCCGUCAAGGAAUUGGCCUAGCGAUGUGCAACAUGAAGUGAAAUCACAUCUUUGCGAAAUGGAAGAGCUUGCGUCUGGGAAAAAGUUAUACAAGGUCUGCUGUAUCUUGGACAUGGGCAACUGUGGCAAACAAACCACCCAACGAAUCGCACAUGGAGAGAUUGCAACUAUCUUUCAGUUCCCGUGGAUGGCAUUGCUGAGAGGAUUUGACGGGAAAUUUCAUUGUGGAGGUGCCUUAAUUGCACCACGCUACGUCCUAACCGCGACGCACUGUAGACGAAAACAAGUUCAUUCCGUACGUCUUGGAGAAACUGAUCUGUCCACGGCGAUCGAUUGCGUCAAGUUCAUUGAUGGAGAGGAAGAUUGCGCUGAUGCACCCCAGGAUAUUGUAGUCGAAAAAUUUAUCGGUCACCCCAAGUACAGUUCAAGCCAGAAAAAGAAUGAUAUCGCGUUGCUAAAACUAAAGACGUCAGCACAAUUUAACGACAACGUUCAACCGAUUUGCUUGCCACUGCCGGAAAUUGCUGAUUCUAAUCUGCCCACCAGAAUGAUGGUAUCCGGGUGGGGCUUCACGGAAGAUGAAAUGGAAAUCUCCAACAAGCUGCGGUAUGCCUAUGUACCAAUUGUUAGCCCAAGGGUAUGCAACGAAUCCCUGGCGCGUAUAAGCAAUGUUUGGACAGUAGACGAAAGCCAGAUUUGCGCCGGAGCUGGCAUCAAUAGGGCGGACAACUGCCAGGGCGAUUCCGGAGGUCCUCUUAAAUAUGCAGCCAAUGGGCAAUAUGUGGUUCAUGGAGUGGUAUCGUUUGGGCAAGCAACAUGCGGGGUGGAGAGUGAACCAGGAAUCUACACUAAUGUUAGAUAUUUUCUGGAUUGGAUAAUCGAUAGAGUGCAAUGAAUUUUAGAUUUGUUUUAGUACAUAAGUGUUAGUGGCACCUAUGUAGGGUAAUUCGCCAAAUGUUGAGCGGCUAAUUUCUUCGCUUAUUGUUGAACGCACGUGCAUUUAUGGGAGUUCAAAAAUAGGCUACAAAAUUAGCCGUUCAACAUUUGGCGGUUUCCCCUAGUGAGUAUCUGGCUGACAUUGCAAUUUCGUAGUGUUUUUUAAUGACCCAAACAAACAAUUUAAGCAGAAUAUGCUAGUGUUUUAUGGCUGGAAUCAGGCAUUUUCAGCUGUCAAUGUUUUUUGAGGUGUUCCUGUUUCUUAUUAAGUUCUCCAGUGUUCUCUUCAAUGUAUUUGUAAUAAGUUUUCCGCAGUUAGAUCACUAUAAACUUUAUGUACAGUUACAAUCUAUGUAAUAACCUUCUGUUCAGUUUUAUCAUGUUUACUAUUAUCCUGUAUUUUAACUAUUUGAAGCUUUGAUCAAUAGAAAAUAUAAAUCAGAAAAU